GGAAUUACCGACUAUCUUGUACUGGAGUGGCAAGACUAUAUCGGCGGAAGAAUGAAAGUGGUUCCAUUUGCAGGAAUAAAAGUGGAGCUAGGAGCAAACUGGAUUCAUUACUUUGACGAGGAAGAAAACCCACUGGUACCAUUGAGGGACAAGCAUAACUUAAGGGGACAUUUGUCCAACUACAGCAAUGUUCGUGCGAGGUAUCAACAAUUUUGAUGUAAUUGUAGCAUCCUUAGUCGCGUUAUUUUUUUAUUAUUGUUUUUUAAUCACAGGGACUUGCUGGUCGCGAGUGAUAACGGAUAAUUAGGUUUUUCGAGGCCUUGCAAAGUCAAAUAUAAACUACUAACAAGUUUGCCCGGAUGGGUGAUUUUUUAUAAGGUCUCCUUACAGUUUGCCCUUACGUUUUCACGUCAAAUAUACCAAGACCAAUACAACUGUUUCACGCAUCACGUCUUCAAUAUUACGAGCACGUUUAGAUGGUCUUAGUUAUUCCACAAAAUUACGAAAAUUGCAUUUCUGACAACUGGUAUAACUCAAUGUUUUCUUUUAGUUUUAUUCGACAAAUACAAUUCAUUUUAAAAGAAGUUUAAGAUUCUUAUUCUUGAAGUCAUCAGUUCAUUUUGUGUUUGCUUUCUUAUUUAAAUUGGUCAAUCCCAAUGAGGCUUAUCCGGGAACAAAAAACCAAAUAACUGACGUCAUAUAUGACGUACUCGUGCAAUAGCUCUAUUUGCAAAAAGCAUUCGCGAAAAAAUUACAGUGAAUUUUGGUUUCAGUAACGCUUGAAUAUACAACUCUGUUUGGAGUCUGGUAAUAAGAGCCUAUUUUAAAGUCUAAACCACGGAAAAAAAUAUGUGAAACCCGUGAAAUCAGAUAAUCUUCUUUUCGAGCCUGUUGCACGAUGUGUCAGUAAAGGCUGGUUAAACAACCCAGCAGUACAUUUACCGACUGAUAGUGUAUUGUGACAACGAUUUAUGGUCAUUAUCAUCAUCGUCAUUGUCAUAAUCAUCAACAUCAUCAUCAUCAUCACCAUCAUAGUUGUUGAAGUUGAUAAUUCCAAUAAAAGCUAAUGAGCAGUAAUUUUUUGUACAGAGAACCAAUAAGUGAACGUAAUAAACAAAACGAAAAGAAAGCUUGAGAAAGUUGGGAACAGGGAACGUCGUGACCCAGAAGUUUGGGACAAGGGAGUAGGAUCCAUCAGUGUUCUCAAUUAAGAACGUUUUCAGUGCUUUUUUAUUCUUCCUCUCAGAAACGAUUCCGGAGUUGAUGUGACAGAUAUAAAACUGUAUAAAGAGUGGCACAAGGCCAAGGAGGAAAUGUUCAAGAUGGGGGAAGAGAGAGGCGAAAAAGAUGUCCAGCCGAGGGAUAUGCCCGCCUCCACUGCU